CAAAAGGAAUGCAUACAUCGAGCUUACUCAUCAGAUCCCCAAAAUCCCAGGAGGAGAAGCACCUGCGUCCAAUUCCCAUAAAAGGCAGAAGCGAGUGCAUCCUCCCGCGAGAUCGUAGCGCCCGAAACAUCGCUCGCUGGUAACAAUGACCCUCUCCCAGAGGCCCCGGCUUUCUCAUAUGUACUGCGUAGUUCACCCAUUCUCAUCUCUCUCUCUCUCUCAUCGAAUCCCCUCUUUUUCCCAAACCUAGCCAAUGGCCUCUCUUCUCUCGCUCCCCACAAUCCCAAAGCCUCGCCUUUCUCCCAAAACCCUAGCUAACCCGCGCCAAAUCUCGUCAUUCAACACAGCGCCCAUCGAUCUGAGUUUUGGGCGUCGAAGUUGGAAGCUUGGGAGAGGAUUGGCGGUGGCUGUCGCUGCUGUGGAGGAGGCUGCGGUUUCGGUUGAGGAGAGGAGAGAUGGAAACAAGAAACCGAUCGUUGUGGUUGAUAAUUAUGAUAGCUUCACUUACAAUCUUUGUCAGUACAUGGGAGAGAUUGGGGCUAAUUUUGAAGUAUACCGUAACGAUGAACUCACGGUGGAAGAACUGAAAAGGAAAAAUCCGAGGGGUGUACUUAUUUCUCCAGGACCCGGUGCACCUCAAGAUUCAGGGAUAUCAUUGCAAACUGUUUUGGAACUUGGGCCUUCUAUACCCCUAUUUGGAGUUUGCAUGGGCUUGCAAUGCAUUGGGGAAGCUUUCGGAGGAAAAAUUGUGCGUGCUCCUUCAGGUGUUGUGCAUGGCAAACAUGGCAUUGUGUACUAUGAUGAAAAUCAAGAAGACAGCUUAUUUAGUGGCUUAUCAAAUCCUUUUGUUGCUGGUAGAUAUCAUAGCCUUGUCAUUGAUAAGGAGAGUUUCCCUCAUGAUGUUCUUGAGAUUACAGCUUGGACAGAAGAUGGCUUAGUAAUGGCUGCUCAACACAAGAAGUAUAGGCAUAUCCAGGGAGUACAGUUCCAUCCAGAGAGCAUCAUAACCAAAGAGGGCAAGACAAUAAUAAUAAACUUCAUCAAGCUCAUUGAGAAAUUCGAGAUGAAAUCUCAACACUGAAGAUUUUAGGCUGUAUCCAAGAGAAACUUCUCGCAAGGUGAAUGAAAGGUUAUCCUUAUUUGUCGUGGGGCUACAUGUUGUGUUUUGUUGUGAAAGAAUAAAACAUCUGUUGGUCAUAAUCUUCUGUAGCACAAUAACCCUAGUUGAUUAUAUGUAAUUUUAUCAGAAAAAGAAUGCCUUUUCUUAUCAACUUGUUAGUCAAAAACUGGACCUUCACUAGCAUAAGGGCAUGGCUAUAACUAGUGUGUUUUAA